AUGGACCAUCUUACAACGCCUGGCGAUUCGUGUUUCACGCCCUCCGAGGCAAAGAAGCUGAGCGAGAGGAUCAACAAGCUGGGUGUCAAGGUCACCGACAUUCGUGGCGUGUAUUUGCACUACACGCAUUUGAGGUCCGCAGACGGAGCCUUUGUUACAGAGGCAGAAGCAAAACUUAACCAGCUUCUUCCAGGAGCCUCAGAUUCCGAUGCAUCUGCUAUUCUGGCCGGCAAGCCUGGAAGUCUCUCUCAAAUCUACUAUGUCACACCAAGAAACAUCUCCCCAUGGAGCUCAAAGGCAACCAUGAUUGCCCAAGUCUGCGGCCUCAAGAACCAAGUCCACCGUAUUGAGCGAGGACGUGCCGUCUUGGUGAACUUCGCGGAACAUUUUGAUAGCAAGGAUGUCCCAUUUAAAGAUGUUCUGCAUGACCGAAUGACUGAAAAUUUCAGCACCACGGAACCAGAUUUACAGCAUAUGUUUGCAGAGGGCAAGCCUUUCCCGUUAGAAGUCGUUGACAUAUGGGCUGAAGGAUCAAGCCCUCUCGAGGUGCUGAAGCUGUACAACAAGGACCGUGGACUUGCUUUAGAUCAACCCGAGAUGGAGUACCUUGUGGAAGCUUACACACGGCUUGAGAGACCACCCUACGACAUCGAACUAUUCAUGUUCGCUCAAGUGAACUCCGAGCAUUGCCGGCAUAAGCAAUUCAACGCCAAUUGGAGUAUCGACGGUAUGGGUAUGGAGAAGAGUUUAUUUGGGAUGAUUCGGAAUACGCAUUCCAAGAACUCUGAAUUCACAGUCUCGGCAUAUAGCGACAAUGCUGCAGUCCUCGCAGGGGAAAUUGCCACCUUCUGGGCACCCGACUACUCAACCGGCCGGUGGAUGAUGACGAAAGAACGUGUUCAUUUCCUUGCGAAAGUAGAAACACAUAAUCACCCAACUGCAAUCUCCCCAUUUCCUGGAGCUGCCACAGGAUCAGGAGGCGAAAUUCGAGACGAAGGUGCCGUAGGCAGAGGUUCCCACCCCAAGGCUGGUCUUUGCGGAUUCUGGGUCUCAGAUCUCCUGAUUCCCGAUUAUGAGCGGCCUUGGGAGCAGGAUGUUGGAAAACCAGCACAUUACGCUAGUAGUCUGGAUAUUAUGCUUGAAGCUCCAAUUGGUUCUGCCCGGUUCAACAACGAAUUCGGCCGACCUUCUUUAUGCGGUGUUUUCCGAACUUUCCUGGCUGAUGUGGAUGCCGGAGAGGAUGGUCGUGAGAUUCGUGGUUAUCAUAAGCCUAUUAUGAUUGCGGGUGGUGUUGGCACUGUCAGACCACAGCAUGCUUUGAAAAGCGGGAAAGACGUCAGAGAAGGAGCUCAUGUCAUUGUCCUCGGCGGUCCAGCAAUGCUGAUUGGCCUUGGCGGUGGAGCCGCUUCAAGCAGCGCUUCUGGAGAUAGCUCAGUGGAGCUCGAUUUCAACAGUGUGCAGCGUGGCAAUCCAGAAAUGGAACGUCGGGCACAAAUGGUUAUUGAUGCUUGUGUAGCGUUGGGGGAGAACAAUCCCAUUGCAUUCAUCCAUGAUGUUGGGGCUGGGGGGUUAUCGAACGCGCUCCCAGAGCUUGUGAAAGAUGCUGGCUACGGUGGACAAUUUGAGCUCAGACAAAUCGAGAGUGCUGAUAGUAGCAUGAGUCCUUUGCAAAUUUGGUGUUGCGAGGCUCAGGAGAGAUACGUGAUGAUUGUGAACCCGGACGGCAUGAAUAGAUUUGUGAGCAUCGCAAGGAGAGAACGAUGUGGCUUCUCAGACGUUGGCAAAGUACUUGCUAAAGAUCAAGAUGGUGUUUCCAGACUCAUAGUAACCGAUCGAGACUCUAAGGAAUACCCUCGGCCAAUCGACCUGCCUAUGACGACACUCUUCCCAAAAGGACGGACGCUGGAGCGAAUAGUCAAGUCCCGGAAAAACAAACUCACCUUUUUCGAUGCCUCGAAGACUUUAUCCGAGGCAUAUCCUCAAUUCCCAGAACAAGAUUUGAUCCGAAAAGCCAUCGAACGAGUUUUCACAAUGCCAGCUGUCGGGUCGAAGUCAUUCCUUAUUACUAUUGGAGAUCGCACAGUUGGAGGAUUAACAGUUCGAGACCAGAUGGUAGGUCCGUGGCAGACACCAGUUGCAGACGUGGCUGUCACGGCUACGUCGCUGAAUAUGGAUAAACUCAAGACUGGAGAGGCGAUGGCAAUGGGAGAAAAGCCAACGUUGGCGCUCAUCUCACCCAGUGCUUCAGCGAGGAUGGCCGUUGCAGAAAGUUUGAUGAACUUGGGGGCGGCACAUCUUCUUGGUAGUGAGCUGAAAAAGGGGGUACUAAGGCGAGUUGCAUUAUCAGCGAACUGGAUGGCAGCAGUGAAUCACCCUGGCGAGGGUGCCGCUUUGUACGAAGCAGUACAUGCUAUUGGUAUGGAAUUGUGCCCUGAGCUCGGUAUUAGUAUUCCUGUCGGAAAAGAUUCCACGUCGAUGAAGGCUUCAUGGAAAGACCAAGAGACAGGAGAAGCGAAAGCGGUCAUAGCGCCUAUGACCGUAGUCGUUUCGGCAUUCGCACCGGUGGCCGAUGUCCGAGAAACAUGGACGCCAGCACUUCGGAGACUCGAGGAUGUUGGUGAGACCUUUCUCAUAUACGUGGAUCUUGCUCAAGGUCACAAAGCCAUGGGUGGAUCUGCGCUUGCGCAAGCAUUUGGCCAGCUGGGAGACGAGGCUCCAGAUGUCAGAGACUCAGAGAUGAUUGUUGACUAUUUCGACGCUUUGACUCAAUUGCACGAGUCGGGCAUUGUGUUGGCGUACCACGAUAUAUCUGAUGGUGGCCUAAUUACUACAAUUGCAGAGAUGAUGUUUGCUGGCAGAUGCGGCGCGGAGCUUAUGAUUGAUGGAUUUACUACAAGCGCCUCGCUGCCCCACGUCCUGGAAUCGAUGUUCAAUGAGGAAUUAGGCGCCAUUUUCCAAGUCCGCAAGUCGGACGAGACAAACUUCAGGAGAUGCUUUGCCACAUGCGGGCCUCCCCCAAGAAUGAUCCGAACAAUCGGCCGUGUUCCUGCAGCCUCAAAACAAAAACUCUCCCUCCGUUAUGGGCAGAAAUCAGUUCUAUCUAUUGACCGCACUGAGUUACAACAGUAUUGGUCCAGCACCUCCUACCAAAUGCAACGUCUCAGAGACAACGUAUCAUGCGCAGACUCUGAGUUCGAAACACUUCGCGAUGAUCGCGACCCUGGCUUACACUACCGCUUGACUUUCGACCCCAAAGAAAACAUACUCCCCUUCACGACAAGCAUAACAAGCGCAUUUUCAAGUUUAUCAAGCGCUUUUGCGAAAACGCCCCGUGUUGCCAUUCUUAGAGAGCAAGGCGUCAAUGGACAUGCCGAGAUGGCUUUUGCUUUCAAGGUCGCCGGGUUCGACGCCAUAGAUCUCCACAUGAGCGAGCUAAUCGACGGCCGCAAUUUGGACGAUUUUGUCGGAAUCGCCUGUUGCGGUGGCUUCUCAUACGGUGACGUCUUGGGCGCUGGUCAAGGCUGGGCGAAGUCCAUCCUCAUGCACUCAGCUCUCCGCGCCGAAUUCCAGAGAUUCUUCGACCGCAAAGACACCUUCGCCCUUGGCGUCUGCAACGGCUGUCAAUUGCUAACCCGACUCGCCGAACUAAUUCCCGGGACCUCGAACUGGCCUCUGUUCCUCGAGAAUCAGAGCGAGCAGUUCGAAGCUCGGGUCAGCAUGGUCAAGAUCCAGGAUAAUACCAGGACGCCGUCUGUGUUCUUGCAUGGCAUGAAUGGCUCUUCACUCCCGGUUGCCGUCUCGCAUGGUGAGGGACGCGCUAGCUUCAAGAAGCAGUCCGACCUGGAGUCUCUGAAUGAACAUGGCCUCAUCCCCAUCCGUUACACGGAUACUCGAGGCCAUGUCACGACCAAGUACCCCGCGAAUCCUAACGGUAGUCCGGAGGGCAUUGCAGCGGUUAGGAACCUGGACGGGAGGGUCUUGGCGCUCAUGCCGCACCCCGAGCGCAGCAUUAUGGUUGAUGUAGGCAGUUAUGUGCCGAAGGAACAAGCGGAGGAGUGGGGUGAGUAUGGACCUUGGGUUAGAAUGUUCAGAAGUGCUAGGCGCUGGGUUGGGUGA